AGGAAGUGGUCCUCUACUGCAGGAAGCAGGAAGCUGUAGCUGCUGAGUCCUAGGCUGAAGCCCAGGGACAGUGGGAUGGAGUCCGUGGCCCUGUACAGCUUCCAGGCCACCGAGAGUGACGAGCUGGCCUUCAACAAGGGGGACACACUUAAGAUCCUGAACAUGGAAGAUGACCAGAACUGGUACAAGGCCGAGCUCCGAGGAGCUGAAGGUUUUGUUCCCAAGAACUACAUUCGUGUAAAGCCACACCCGUGGUACUCGGGCAGGAUUUCUCGACAGCUGGCUGAAGAGACUCUGAUGAAGCGUAACCACCUCGGAGCCUUCCUGAUCCGAGAGAGCGAGAGUUCCCCUGGCGAGUUCUCAGUCUCUGUGAAUUAUGGCGACCAGGUGCAGCACUUCAAAGUGCUUCGAGAGGCCUCAGGGAAGUACUUCCUGUGGGAGGAGAAGUUCAACUCCCUCAACGAGCUGGUCGACUUCUACCGAACCACCACCAUCGCUAAGAGGCGGCAGAUCUUCCUGUGUGAUGAGCAACCACUGAUCAGGCCAUCCCGGGCUUGCUUUGCCCAGGCCCAGUUUGACUUCUCGGCACAGGAUCCAUCUCAGCUCAGCCUCCGCCGAGGUGACAUCGUGGAAGUUGUGGAGCGUGAGGACCCACACUGGUGGCGGGGUCGGGCAGGCGGGCGCCUGGGCUUCUUCCCACGGAGCUACGUGCAACCAGUACACUUGUGACCACAUGAGACCAGAGGAGUGAUGCUCUGGGCUCAGCUUCUUCACACUAACCAGGACCAAUGUUGGUCACCACCAGGAUGGGAGUGGAAGCUUCUAGCCUGACUGCUUCCCAUUGGUCUCUGGGUUUGUGACAUCACCUGUCACUGACAAGGCCCAUCCUCUCCCAAGGCCCAAGUUGGACUUGAGGACCAACUGCUAAUGGCUAGAGCCAGCUUAGAAAGCGCUUCCCUUGAGCGGCCACCUGCUGCCCAUCCUCCAAAGGCCUUUCAGGUUGUGCAAGUUACUGGGAACUGGCUUAGCCCUGGGCAACCUCAAUUUCCAUAAGAGUUCAAAGUUCCUCCCACCCCAAUAGCUUGGGGCCUCCUGGCCUUACCCCACCAGCACUGGAAUGAGGUUCUAGAGAGGUGGAUCUCGUUGGAAAAGGCCUGAUAGAGACAAAAGCAAUGCAGUGGGUCCCCUCCUGUUGGCUACAGGCAGAGCCCAGCUUGGAGGCCUUGGCUAUGCAGGUUCAGGAGGAACAGCCAGACUAUGGCCAGCAUUGACUGAAUAUCCAGUGCAAGGGGGUG